ACCAGCCUCCCGACGCAACUCCAUGCUGCCAUCCCCUUAUCACCGCUAAAAGGGGUGCCGGCUCCUCCUUCACUCUUGCUUCCAUCACUCUACCCUGCCAUGACUGACAAGACGACCAUGUCCGGCGAUGAAGAGCUCCCAAAGGCACCAAAACGGCUAUCACGCUUACAAGUACGCACCGAGCCUCAACGCGAUUUAUCAAAACACCUUUCUCAAGUGCAAACUGCGCGCGAUACAUUUCUACAAGCACGUCAAGAUCGGCUCGCUGAACGCAGUAUCAAAGUCGCUGAACGGGUUCUUCGCUCACGCAGGUCGAAUGAGACGGAAGUUGCGUGUAAGCUACAAGUCAUGCGUGCGCAACUAUCAGCGGCUCAAGCGGCUCGUUCGUCGCUCGUUGCACAGAUUGCAGCGCAGGGGAGUAGGACUGUUGCCAAAGCGCAGUUGAUUGCUCGACAACAUCGUGAACGACAAGAUGCUGAACGAGAAGCGAAAAGGGCUGCAUUGCAACAAAAGUUGGAGGACGCAGAGAGACGACGGUUGGUGGCAUUGCAGAGACGUGCAUCGCCCACUCGGAGUCGUAGUCGGAGUCCACCCCUAGGAGACGCUGCGCUCUUGCGACGCGCAAAAGAGGUUGCAGCGCGAUGUAUUCAACGGACAUGGCGACGUCAGACUUGCUUGGCAAAAAUAAAGGCCUUUUCUGCUACAAGUUUGACGAUGCGAAUGCCUGGCAAGUCUUUUGAAGACAUUGCGGCGCUCAUCAGCUCCAAGGCCGUCAUUGCAGCGACUCUGCCGGUUCUCAAACUAUGCGGACUAGUUGAGCCUGUUGGCAACCAGCAAGAGACGACAUGUCGCAAGUUCUUGUCUAUUUAUAUGCUCAUGAACCACCCGAAGGAAGUCCUCACAGAGUCUGGACAACUUGAAAGUCGUCUACAAGAACAAGCAAGUCUAUUUGCGCAAGCCUUUUCAGGAUGGCUCGCACAAGCUGCUCAGGGCAAUCCACCAUCCAAUGAACGUGUCGUUCGCAGCUGGGCAUCCUACAAUCUUGCCUUUGAAGACUGGAAGAUGGAGGAUUCUGCGUCAUUGGUGCAGCACAUGGUGGCACAAUUUGUUGAACUCGAUAUGAUUUGGCUUGUUGUGCGUGAUAGCACAGAAGCAACGGUUGCUGAGGAGUAUCACAAAGGCAUUCGUCAGAAUCAAGUAUUACUGCUUGCAAAGCUCAGGCGGAUUAUCGGUGAGGAGGUACGACCUAUGAUUGCGAAAGCCAUCAAGCAGGCUCGGUCGAAACGGGCACGACGACGACCACAGAGGAUGACGGAGGAUGGACCAAAGCUUGAGAUGAUGGAUUUCAUUAGUUUGUGGCAACGCAUCAGAACACCCAACAAUCGCCAACUGGUGCAUGAGCUCGCACUCGACAAGAACUAUGUCAUUCCUCACACAGUGGAGGAAUCUCCUGGAGAAGUACAAAUCAAGACGGCCUUUUACGAUUUCAUGCGCGAGUCUAUGCGGGAUGGUGAGUGUCCGAUGUGGUUACCAACCAUUAUUCAAGAAUGCAAACAACGCCUGCAACGACUCGUCAUGCCUAAUUCUCCAACGUUUGCAGCGAUUUCAAACUCAUUUGACUUGGCUUUCAUUACGAAGCAGUGCGAAAGGAAUUGUUUCGAUUACUUGCAGUGUACGCAAAUGUUGGUGUCGAUGAUGAAGUCUCUAUGUGCGCCUAGUAGAGACGAAGCAGUGGCUGCCAUUGAUCAGCUUCAAGGUUCAUCGCGAGAAGACUUGUUCGUUAAGCGUAUCGAUGCCAUUUUCAAGACACUGGAUCAAAUGCUCAUUGAUUGGGCCAAUUAUCACUUGAAACUCGCAACGGCGACACUGAUUCCUCAGGCAGUAUCGUAUGAGCGGAUCAAGUUUGACGAGGACUUGCAAGCAGGUCGAACAUCUAUCGUCAAGACAACGAUACUGCUACAGCAAGAAUGCAGACGAUUUGAACAGGAAGCAGCGGAAGCAUCUUCACAAGAAAUCGUUGCAUCAGCCAUUGCGCGCGUCUUUGCAAGUGAUGUGGAGUUGCCAGAGACACUUGCACUCGAUCAUGGUCGCAUCAAGUCAUUCAGAAACCAAAGUCGUGAUAUUGUCCAGAUUGCCGCAUUGCUCUCGACAGCUCGUGGUUUGAUGCGCUCGCAAGCCAGUUCAGUGCACUUGUCACCUGUUUCUUGGAAUGCGCUCAAGUCACGCUUGGCGAUUCUGUGUUGUCAGGAGGUGGAUGCGUCGGCCUUGUCGAGCGAGAUGAAUCGUCAUUUUGACAUCUCGCUUGGCAGCCAUGAAACAGACACGGCUCGCACAACACGUCAUGCAUUACUAGCAGGUCUUGUGAGUCGAUGCGAUACCAACAGUCAGGUCUCUAUGCUGUUGAUGAAGCGUCUAGUGCAGCAGCUUGCAUGGUCUAUUCGACAGGGGCAAGAAUGCUCGGCAUCGGCGAUUGCGAGUGCGGGUCUCUCUGAUCUCUCAUUAGAGUUGCACCUGUUGUGUAGUGCUGCUGGUAAGGUUGCUGCACUGAAUACAGCUUCUUAUGGUGACUUGUAUGAGAAGAUUUUCGCAGAGGAUGAGUGAUUGUAGGAGUCGACUUGAGGAUAAAGUUUUGUAUACUUGUGACCAUCUGAAUGCUUGUCACUGGCUUAUAGCAUGCGUUACUGUGGCAUGAUUGAAUCGGUUUGCAAUG